UCCAUUCAUUUCCAGCAUGACGCCGAUGGCGAUGGCUACAUUGGCAUACACGAACUCAAAGGUCUUAUCAAUGCUGGUCUCUGCAGUGAUAUUCCUGAUUAUAUUGCUGCGCAAAUUUUACAAAAAUCAGAUGAUGACAAUGAUGGUCGUUUGGAUUUUGAAGAAUUCUAUCGGAUGUCUCAAACGCAUAAAUGGAUGAUAAGAAAUAUAUUGACCAAGUAUUGUCGGUUGGUUGUGCCGCCGCCAAAAGCAAUCGAAGGCGAUCAAUUGGAUGGUGUCUACGAAAAGCAAAUGUCCGUUUGCCCACCCCCACUAACUAUGGUUAUGUUCUCUAUAAUCGAAAUUUUGUUCUUCUUGGUAGAUGUUAUACAUUUUCAAGAUGAUCCCAACAACACUGCCAACAUUGGUGAGAAUACUAAUGGUCCUGCCGCGACAAUAUUCAUCUACAAUCCCUACAAACGUUACGAGGCUUGGCGUUUUGUCACUUACAUGUUCGUGCAUGUCGGUUUAAUGCAUCUCUUCAUGAAUCUGGUUAUACAAAUAUUCUUGGGUGUCGCUUUGGAGCUCGUCCAUCACUGGUGGCGUGUGGCCUUAAUUUAUUUGGCUGGCGUACUGGCUGGUUCGAUGGGCACCUCUUUAACAAGUCCAAGGAUUUUCUUAGCUGGUGCUUCUGGUGGUGUUUAUGCUUUGAUUACGGCGCACAUUGCCACCAUCAUUUUGAACUACAAGGAAAUGGAAUACGCCAUUGUGCAGUUAUUUGUAUUUCUCAUAUUUUGCUUUACGGAUUUGGGUACUUCAGUUUAUCGUCAUUUGACAGAUCAGCACGAUCAAAUCGGUUACAUAGCACAUUUGUCCGGUGCCGUGGCAGGCCUGCUAGUGGGUAUAGGUGUGCUAAGAAAUUUGGAGGUCCGCCGAUGGGAAAAAAUACUCUGGUGGAUCGCUGUUAUACUUUACUUUUCGCUAAUGAUGACUGGUGUGUUGAUACAUGUACUCAUGCCGGCCUAUUUUCCCCGCCAGGAAUUCAAUUAA